AUGGACCCCAAACGCCCAGCCGAGAAGGAGGUGGCCGAAGUCAUAGACAGACGGGCUUCUGUAAUGACAGUCGAGAAUCCUCUGAGUCCGUCUACCACGUUGUCGGAUUCGGAGAGCGUUAUUUCGGUGGCGACGAGGCACUCGAGAUAUCAUCGAGAAGGUUCCGAUAAUACACUUUCACACCAGCUAUCACGAACGUCUGCCAACGCCAUUGGUGGCGUAACUGCAUUCAUCCCUCCAAUGGAAAGAAGCGUCACCACAGGAACCACGGGAACCCAAGAUUUGGCGUGCGAAGUCGAUUUUGAGGAAGGAGAUCGAAUCAACCCGCAGAAUUGGAGUCUAUGGUAUAGAGGAUGCGUCAUCGCAAUCUUCAGCUAUGCGACAACCUGCGUUGUGCUCUACUCUACAAGCUACACAUCAGCCAUUCCGGGCAUGCUCGAGGAAUUCAACGUCUCCAAGAACACAGGGAUCUUAGGUGUAACCACAUACCUGCUGGGCAUGGCAACAGGUGCAGUUGUCCUGGCACCGCUCUCUGAGAUGUAUGGGCGGCGGCCUAUCUACCUGAUUGUCAUGUUUCUCUUUGUGGUGUUUGUUAUCCCAUGCGCCGUUGCGAAAAACAUGGCAACCAUCCUGGUCGUUCGCUUUUUGGGCGCCUUCUGUGCCGCGGCAAUGAUCUCCAACGCUCCCGGAACCAUCAAUGACAUUGUUCAAGAAGACAACAGGGCUCUCGCCUUUUCCGUAUGGUCGAUAGGACCUAUGAAUGGACCGGUGAUUGGACCUGUCGUGGGAGGAUUCGUGUUUGAAUAUCUUGGUUGGAGAUGGACCAACUGGGUGGUGGUUAUCGUUUCCGCUGUCGCGUGGGUGCUUAUAGCACUGGUCCCAGAAACAUAUGCACCAGCCAUUCUACGCAAGAGGGCCAAGAAGGUUCGAAAAGAAACUGGUGACGAGAAAUGGUGGAGCCGGUAUGAUGACACUCAGGAAUUCUGGCCACUAUUGAAAGUGAACCUGUCGCGGCCAUUCAUUCUGACCGUGACAGAGCCGAUUUGCCUCUUCUGGGAUAUUUACAUAGCGCUGGUUUACGGCGUUCUCUAUUUGUGCUUCGUGGCAUAUCCAAUCGUUUUCUCUGAACUUCGCGGCUGGUCUCCUGGUUUCACGGGUUUGGCCUUCGUAGGCAUAGGAGUCGGUAGCAUGAUUGUCAUCCUGGCAGAACCACUUAUUCGCCGGAUGAUCAACGCACACAAGCAUGAUCCUGAGACUGGCAGGCCUUAUCCCGAAGCAAUGGUUUCCGUGGUCUGUAUUGCGGCAAUCCUCAUUCCUACUGGAGAGAUUUGGUUCGCCUGGACAUGUACACCGGAAGUUCACUGGAUAUGGCCAAUUCUUGCUGGAAUUCCCUUUGGCGCAGGCAACGCAGGCGUAUUCAUUUACGCUUCCAAUUACCUCGUUCAGUCGUACGGGAUAUACGCUGCCUCAGCACUCGCUGGUAAUGCUGUUCUGCGAUCCAUUCUUGGCGCGACUCUACCGCUCGCUGGACCAGCACUCUACGCUACAUUAGGCGCGAACUGGGCGGGCACACUGCUAGGCCUGAUUGAAGCCAUCUGCAUACCUAUUCCUUUCAUAUUUUACAAAUAUGGCCACAAGAWCAGAGAGCGUUCGACGCUCAUCAGAACGAUGCGGGACGACCAGAUGCGCAGAGAAGCGAAGCAACAAAGAGCCCAGGAUAAGAUUGUGAAGCGAGCUGGAGCGGAGGCGGAGGUCGGUGGAGCGAUGAGCACAGGUGCGGCGGUUCACGAGGAGAAGGACAUCGAAAAGGCAGAGAUGUGA